AUGAAUAUAACGAAAAGAUCAUUGUGCGCCUUCCCCAGGCGAUUCUAUUCUACAGCAAAGAGCGUCCCCAAAUAUAAUACGAUUCAAGAUAUCAGAAACAAAUACAUUUCCGGUACGCCUUUGUCCAUGUGUACAGCAUACGACUUUAUUACUGCUAGUUGGGUGAAUAAGGCUAAUUGUGACUUACUCUUGGUGGGAGAUUCAUUGGCAAUGACUUCAUUGGGGUACGACAGCACCAUCACACUUUCAUUGGACGAAUUCAAGUAUCAUGUUAACUCCGUUUGUAGAGCCGAAGGUUCCUCUAUGGUAGUUGUAGAUAUGCCCUUCGGUACGUUUGAAUCGGGUAUAUCUGAUGGCUUGAAAAACGCCAUAGAUAUUAUGAAAUUGCAUAGUAAGGUCACCUCUCUCAAAGUCGAAGUCGGAUCAUACACUAAAGACAAAUAUGCAAUGAAAUUCAUUGAAGAACUAUGCUCCAGAGGUAUCCCUGUUAUGGCUCAUAUAGGAUUAACGCCGCAGAAAGUACAUUCACUUGGAGGUUAUAAAGUUCAAGGCAACAAGAGCCUCCUGCAAAUGCAAGAGUUGUUUGAAACGGCAAAGCAACUGCAAAAAAUUGGCUGCUGGUCCAUUGUCAUUGAGUGUGUCCCUCAUAAAAUGGCCGGAUUCAUAACAUCCAAACUUUCCAUACCAACGAUAGGUAUCGGCGCCGGCAAUGGUACCAGUGGUCAGGUUUUAGUGAUAUCUGAUCUGCUGGGAAUGCAGGGUGAUUCUGUACCCAAAUUUGUCAACCAAACUGUAAAUAUGGCGGAUAUUGCGACCGGGGGCUUAAAAGAAUACAUUGCGAGUGUGGUAGAUAGAACAUUUCCCGAAAGAGAUUCGCAUACCUUCAAAGUUAAAGAGGACUUGUGGAAUGAAUUUCUAUCUUCCAUUAACGAUAAAUAA